AUGCCGCUGAGCGUGUGCGCGCGCGUCAGCUUACCGAGGAGCAGCGGGCCCGUAACGUACCGUUGCGAGUGGUUGAAGCAAAACGGACCGAUACUGAUGCGUAACUAUUCCAAAUCUGGCAAUAAGUGGACUGAGGCCGUGGUAAAGGAACGAACUGGUCCUGUAUCGUAUAAACGUUACAACAAAAGAGACGGUCAUAUGUAUAAGAGACACAUUGACCAAAUACUCGCUAGAAAACCACGUCAUUCACUGAGCCAAAUAGUGGAUAGUUCACAUGUCAAGUCAACGGCUGGUUUGACGACUAAGUCAGAUGAGGAGGAGUAUAAGGAGUCAUUUGAUAGUGCGGAGGAAGGAGCGGGCACAAGCCCGACCAUCGCCGGCGCCGCUGUUGUCUUCUAA